UGCAGCACUAAUCGAGUAGCAAGUCGAGCAGAACGUCGGUAAGUGUUCCUCUGGUUUCGGCGGCCUGACUACUCAUUACAGGACCACAACCGUCGUCCUUCACCAAGCCCUACGUCCAUCUCGACUACUUGACCUCCCUACAUCGGGACGGGCGCGUGUGUUUUGUUGGUCGCGACUCAGUGGCGGGGAGUCACCGCCCUCAAGCCCAAUUACUGUGAGUCCACGUCGCCACCAACCCUCAAGCCUGGCGACUAUGAGUCUGCUCUCCUCAUCAACAUCCGCUCUCUGUCGUCGUCAGUAAAUCUCGACCCCUCUGUCCGUCCUCUACCGCAUGCGGCUCACACCGUUCGCGCUAUCCCGUCGUCAAGCAUGAGCACCCCGUAUGUGUCCACUAUCACGCCGUCGACGGCCUGCCUCGCCUAUCCGCUCAACGCGUGCGCGCACCUCAGCAUGCCGAAGCCGUUCGUGCACUUGACUAGGCCACCUCUCGACGUCGCGUUGGAUUCCUGUACUUCAGGUAGCCUCGGCCGCCUCGUUCGCAGUAGGUGCCGCCCAAACGCUAUCCUCCGACACCGCACUUCCGUCCCCAUGCUCGCCGUCCUCUCCCUCGACGACCUCUCUCCCGAACGCCGCAGCCAUGGCGUCCGCAGUUGCCCGCCUCCACCGCAUGCAAUGCCUACUCUCCCUCGCAUCCUCCUUCACUGCGUCCCCGUCUAGCGGGGCCAUGAUCUUCCUCCCCACCCACCGCCGUGCCAUGAUGUCUGCCCUCUCGCGACGACCCGCCGACUACA